AUGAAUGUACGAUAUCUACAUCUGCAGUCUGCCAUCAAUGUCAAUGGGACAGUCAACAAUGAUGGAGUUUGUCUCUGCUCUGUGGUUUUGCCUGAUACAUCAUUCCCGGUGGAAAAGGUGGAAUAUUUGGAAAUAACAUCUGAGGAGCUCAACAGCAGCAUGGAACAGGAAAUCAGCAAGGUACAGGAAUACUCGAGGGCUGUCUCUGUACACUCCGCCAAGCUGCUGAAUCUGACACGCCGCCUGGAGAAGAUGGAAACUGGUCAUUCCUACACUCAGCUCGACUUUGAGCUGUUGAAGCUGGAGAUCCAAGAGCUGGAGUCACUCACCAAUCAGCUGAGGUGCUCCCUUAAUGGCAGCAACAGCAUCAUCAAUCAGCUCUACAGUGAGGUCAGGAAGAGUCAAAUUGCUCUUGAGCUGGAAUCGUUUGACACACAAAACAUGCUGGCAUUCCGCAAAGAAAUUGUGCUGCUGAGGAAACAGAUCGCAGACUGUGAUAAUCAAGCACUUCCAACUCAUGCUCCCAUUGAAUACAGCAUUCUCCAAAUAGACAAACCUACUAUAAUACAACGGAACUAUAAUGGAUUUAAUUAUAAAUGUGGAGGGGGUAAAAAUUCAAUUCCACCCCCUAAUAAAGAGGAGCUGUAUUGGGUGGCACCACUCCACAAAGACACACGGACGCUGUACUCCUUCAGAGUGUAUUACUCAUAUGAUGAUUUGCUACUCUACAAAACUUCAAUAACCGAAUCAUCUUCGAGUUCUAUACACAGAGCACAGGGAAGUAGAAUUGUUUUGUACAAUAAUUCCUUGUAUUACAACUGUUACAAUUCCAGGGACAUGUGCAGGUAUAACAUUGACACAGGCAGAGUACAGAGAGAAACUCUUAGAGGUGCAGCUUUCAAUAACAGGUAUUCUUAUGCAGGGAUCAUUUACCAAGACAUGGACUUUGCUGUGGAUGAAACUGGCCUCUGGAUUAUUUACUGCCCUGAAGCAAAUGCCGGAAAUGCUGUUAUUGGUAAGAUUAAUGUGACCACCUUCACUGUGGAAAAGACAUGGGUCACCAGGCUGUUUAAACCUAGUGUGACCAAUGCUUUUAUGAUAUGUGGGGUUCUGUACGCAAUUCGGCCUGCGAACCCACAGUCUGAGGAAAUUUUCUACACCUUUGACACCAGAACUGGGCAGGAAGGUAGGGUUUCUGUAAGGAUGGGUAAGGUCUUGGAAAAGCUGCAAAAUGUUAACUACAAUCCAGCUGAUCACAAACUCUAUGUAUACAAUGAUGGUUACCACCUGACUUAUGAUGUGAUGUUCAGACAUGAACCACCAGUGAGCAGCAGUGUUGCCAAUUGAGUAAUUAGUAAUUCACAAACCAAAUGACUAGGUUUGGAAAGUGGGGUGGGGUGUGGAUUCUCGGUCCACUGAGAAAUUUCUGUGCUUGAAUCUCAGGUUAGAUUUAGACAACAUGUUAUCUACUUCUUCCCACCACAGCUUUAGCCUCAGUUUUACAGCUGGCAGCUGUUAUCACAAUAUGCAGCUUUGGUGCAAUAACUAAACCCAGAAUGGGGGUGAAAUUCUGAUCUAACAUCAGUGGUUAGCACUGCUGCCUCACAGCACCAGGGACC